GCCGCGCAUGCGCAGUGUGGCUCUCCAUCAUUUCCAAUAUUCCAGUGUAGGAGAACCAGCAGAGGCAGAGAACUAAUGGGAACCAUGGGAAUACCACUACCCAACUGCGUUUGGGAACCAAUAUGUUGAACUCACUCUUCUUGUCCGACUGAGGGACUGUAUCCUGGCCGGCAAAAGACAAAUGGUAAAAAAUUAAUAAUAAAAGACUUUCCUGUGACAGCACAGUGACCCCUGAUUCCCACUUUGUCAGCCAAAGCAUCUUCCCCGAGUCGGAUGGCUCCGAGUGACAAGAUGCAGUAAUGGAAGUCCACGCACCAUUCAGCACUGAAGCCAUGAAGCAGCUGAAAGGGUAGGGUCUGCUGUGAGCUCGCCUCACCCUACCCGACCGCCCUCCCGCCCCGUCAGCUCUACCUGAGAGCAGAGUCCUACGUUGAAGCUUAAUCCUGCACCUCUACCCAAUCUCCGUAACCCUCCCACCACCCUCCCAGCUUUGGAAGACGAACAUGACGCGCAUUGCAAAGACACUGGUUGAUGUCUGAUAUACAUACCUCUGAGGUGUCGAGCGUAAAACCAGUGGAGCAAUGAAUGGCGGAAAGGACUGUGAGGCGGGAGAUGAGCGGCAGGCCAUCCCUGUCCAGGUCCCCAUUGGCUGGCAGCGCAAGGCGGAGCACGGUGGCGCGGUGCUUUACAUGAGUCCGAGUGGCUCGGUGCUGUCCAGCUUGGAGCAGGUGAAGACCUACCUGCUGACAGAUGGAACCUGCAAAUGUGGCCUGGAGUGCCCACUCAUCCUCCACAAGGUGUUCAACUUUGACCCAGGGGCAGCUGUCAAGCAGAGGACAGCGGAGGAUGUGAAAGCAGAUGAAGACGUCACCAAACUCUGCAUUCACAAGAGGAAGCUUCUGGCUGUGGCCACGCUGCACAAGAGCAUGGGGACGCACCCACCUCUGACGCUGACCGGUCCCGGGGGAGGUACAUCGUCUGUGGUUGCUGCGCAUUCCACGACUCAACGAGCAAUAAGGACUAAACCCCACGAUGGACUGCCUAAUGCUGUUGGCCCAGACUGCAAGAAUCCUUUCAAGAUGAUGAUGGUCCCUGGAAAACAGCAGCAGCAGAGGCUGUAUCCACCCCAGGAGAUGGGUGGAGCCCAGCAAACCGAGCUCUACUCUGGGUACCACAGGCACCAGAGGCUAGGCAGUGGGGAGCCAGGCCCCAAAUCCCCCUACCGGGUUGGGUAUGGAGGCAUGCUGAGCCCACCUCCCUCCAGUGCUAAGCUGUAUGGAGACGGCUCACAGUCUCCCAGUUCAGACACUCUGGGCAGCCCUGAUGGCUUUCCAAGGACCAAUCCUUGUGGGUUUCCAGGAGCUGGCAGUCCAGGCUCAGCCUCUAUCCAUGGGAACUCUAGGACGCCUCUUUCCCCACCCAGUGUAAUGCUCCAUGGCUCCCCUGCCGGCCAGCCAUCCUGCGCCAUGACAGGGAGGACUAGCACGCCCCUUUCCCCCACGGCCACUGCCAAAAGCCCUGUCAUGAACAUGAACAUGCCUCGGGGGAACUUUCCCCCUGGUAUGGAUAUGCCCCGUGCAGCGUUUCACCAUAAAACACAUCCCGGUCCGCCUCCUCCAUCCAUACCACCAUCCUGUGCCCUUCAGAAAAGGCAGUUGACCUCGGAAAAAGACCCAUUAGGCAUCCUGGACCCCAUCCCCAGCAAGCCAGUCAGCCAGCCCCCCACCAACGCCCCAAACCCCUCCAAUUUUCAGCCUAACAUCCACUCUCAGGUACAAAUGAUGAAUGUAAACAUACCCCCUCCCGCCAUCGUUCCCUUGCCAAGCAACUUACCUUUACCCACAGUAAAGCCUGGGCCUGUGGGGCAUGGCGGUCACGUUCAAAGGACUCAACAGGGUGGUCCGGCUUCCUCCAUGUCCCCCUCCCCUGUCACUUCUCCUGUACACAUGGCAGGGCCUGCUCUUGGGAGAAUGGAGGCCUCCCCUCAUCGGUCACGCUCAUCCUCCACCUCCUCUGACCAUGGGAACUUUGCAAUGCCCUCGGGACAUCAGGCCCCAUGUGGCAACAUGAAGGUCCCUCCUCGUUCCCCCAGGUCUGCCAUGGGAUCUCCCAGACCAGCCAUGCCCUCCAGCCCCUCCACCAACAAAACUGACCCACAUCACCAGUACAAAGACACCCAGAUGCUGCCUGGGAUGGGAAACUCGAUUGGCACCCAGCAGCACAGCAACCCCAUGUACUCACCAACCUCUUCCUCCUCGUCGUCCUCUUCUAUGGCAACCCCAAGCGCUUCCCAGAAGGGCCACCCAGGACUCCUGGGGAUGCCUCUAAACCAGAUCCUCAACCAACAGAAUGCUGCUUCCUUUCCCGCCAGCAGUCUCUUGUCUGCCGCAGCCAAAGCACAGCUAGCAAAUCAAAACAAACUCAGCGCUGCUGGCAACAGCCCUGCUGGCAUGGCUGGUGGCGGUGCUGGUAUGGCAGGCAUGGGGGCUGGUAGCGGAGGUAAUGGUGGAGGUGGCGGACACCCUGGCUCUAUGAGUGGCCCUCGAGGCAUGGAGGGACACAGCACUUUAAACUCAAUGCUCCCGCCAAACUCCACCAUGCUGCUCAACACUCCUGAGGGCCAGAGUGGUCGGGCGGCUCUUAGAGACAAGCUCAUGGCCCAGCAGAGGGACCCCAUGCGCAAACGGAAGCAGUCAUCGGGCAGCGCUGCCGUAAACCACGACAACAGUAACAACAUGGUCUACAACAUGCUUAACAAAAGAGGCAUGGGAGGACCCCACAUGGCAGGGCCCAUUGCCACUGAGCAGCCGCGAAAAGUAGGCCGACUUGGAAACCUUCCCCCAAACACCUCCAUGGCCCAACUUCUCCAGUCCAUGAGCUGCCAGAGCUCCCACAACCAUCGUCCAGGUCUUAGCCCUGGCCCAGGGCCUCAAGGAUCUGCACAGCUGCACUACAACGACAGCACAGUUAUGGUCCCUGGUGGCCCUCAGCAGAAUCUCCUAGCUCAGCAGAGGCUGCGGGUUCCUGGAGAUGCCAUGCAACACUGCCAGAACAUGGACACCUCUGGGGGCCAUCUGGGCUCUCGUCCAGGCCAGUUCCCUGACAGCAUCAUAGCCCAGAUGCAGGCCUCCUCCAUGAGUAACAGUGGGCCUAUGGGGCCAGGAGGUGGACCGGUGGGCCCUGAUGGCAUGCCGCUGGGGCGCCCCAACACAAACCCCCCGCCACUGUCCCAUCCCGGCCCUCACCCCUCACAGCACAACCACCUUCACGGUAUGGGGCGGACUAGCAUGGUGCUGAUGCCACAUGCAGGUGGUGAUGGAAGCUGUACACAGACCAUCUCUGAUACAGGAAACCCCUCAUCCCUUGGCUGUGGUAUGGGCGGCCUGCAGGCACACAUCAACACCGGUGGAGGUCAGAUGUACCAGCAGCAGGUCCACCAGGGCAUGCAGCAGGGGGUGGCCUCCCACCCAGCCUACCAGGGACAGCAGCACUUCUCCGACAACUCGCCCUACACAGACGGCAACAACGCCAACGCUGGCUCCAUGGCCUGCCUCUACCAGAACUACCAGCCGGGGAUGUUGUCGCACCCACAGUUCAGGGAGGGGCAACAGCCCCAGGGCGAGGGGCUUCCAGCGGGUACAGCUGGCGGUGACAGGGGACCCGGUGGCCCAGAGUCGGUGGAUGCCAUCUACAGAGCCGUGGUGGACGCCGCCAGCAAGGGCAUGCAUGUAACCAUAACAACCACAGUGAGCGGGACGACACAGGCGAGUCCGGUGCCUGCCCUCAGCGCUAUGAGUGCCUUCACUGCCUCGAUAGGGGAGCCGGUCAACAUCCCCCAAGCAGUUAGCACGGUCCUGCACAGGCACCAGGACGGGGAGGCGUUACCCAUGCAAGCCAGACCGAGGCAGGUGAGGCCGGGACGGGGUCAGAAGAACAUGGAUCCAGGGAAGAGCACUCCAGACUGCCCCGAGGCCAACGACUACUUCCGUUCUCCUAGCCGUGGGACUCCCAGGGGGCAGUGGGACGGGGAUGCGCAGCACGGGGGAGGCUUCGAUGCUCACAGCAACAACGGUGCCUGGGGUGGUGAGGAGUUUCUGGAGUGCUCUACCCAAGUGAGGAGUAGUCCCUGCAUGGAGCGACCCGCCAGCCUGGCCCCUGCCCCGCCCUGCCCCACCGACGGGUCCAACGACCACGGCCUGGUCAUGGCUCACGAUAAGGCCUUUCUCGACGAUGGCUAUCGCUUCAACAACUGCAACCGGACACCCGCUAACUACAAGGAGCGUCUGGAGCAGACGGUGGAGCGCUGCAUCCACAUCAACGGUGCCACACCUCACUUCAACACCCGGGGUUACGGAGAGGUCCUGGGCCCCCCGCGGCAGGAGCUGACGGGGGACGACCAGUCGCCCAGCUCCUCUACUAGCCUGGAGGGGCCGCUGGCCACAGCCAAAGACUACAGCCACUACAACGGCCACUUCAACGGUAUGGCGCCCAGCCCCUCGGACACAAAGAGCCUGAGCAGCGAGGAGGACCUGCGACAACCAGACUCUCCCUCCUCAGAGCUGCUUCACUACCGGUCCAGGACCUUCAACAUGGGAGAGCUGGUCUGGGGCCAGCUAAAGGGCUUCCCACCUUGGCCUGCCAAGCUGGCCGGGGAUGAACAAGUGCACAGCGCUGCUAUGCAGCUGCGGGAGCAGGCCAAGGUAGAGCCAGAGAAGCUAAAAACACUAACUCACGACUUGGAGGCACUUGAUCGAGCCGCCAAAAGAGGCCUGAAACAGGGAAAACUGAAUAAUCACUUGGAAGCUGCUAUCCACGAGGCCAUGAGUGAGCUGGAUAAGAUGUCGGGCACAAUCCCGUCGCGGGAUCGGCAGGUGAAGCUCCCCAAGCCCAAGAGGAGGAAGAUAUCCAGAUAACAUUGAAUGUGUCGGCCCCAGAACGUCCUCAAAGCCUUUCGGAGACUGCGUCCGUUCCGCCUUGAUGCGAUCUGAGCUCUCUAAACAGGUGCUACACAUGGACUUUUCAGUGGUACAUCCCUCUUUGUUCCAUGAUAUCAAACUUGACUUAACGACCGACCACGGAAAGGUGCUGGAAGAAACUCCAAUCACCGAUAACGGUUUUCAACUGUAGAGAAAAACAAACAAAGAGAAAAUAGAGGAAAAAACAUUGGUUGCAAUUUGUCUACAGCUCACUGAAUUAACUAUUUUUUUCUAGUAUAAAAUAGUAAAAACAAACAAAAAAAGAAGCUACGAGCAUUACCUUACAUAUUUAAGAAAAAUAGACAGUCCAAAUAUUUCUGAUACAUUUUCAAUAUGUAUAUAGAUAAUCCUGAAAUUUCAUGCUAUUAAGAAUUGUAUGUAAAUAUUGUACAAUGUCAUGUACAAGCAUACCUAAUGCACAUUUUAUCUUUUAUUGUACAAAAACGAAGCAGAAGUGUACCAAUGUCUUGGUUUCUAUUCAGAAGUGCGGUUGCGUUACGGCCGCAUGCAUAGGAUAAAUAAGAAUAGAGCCUAAAGCUUUUAUAUGAUGAACUGUAAGACGUUGCUGUUUUUUUCUUUGUUUUUUUGUAAGGGAACAGCAGUGAAACAGGCAUGAGUAUAUGAGUUCUCCAUUACGAAAGUCACUUCACGCCAGUUAAGUGUUCAUUUGUAUUGGGGGGGAAAAAAAGAUAAAAAAACAAAAAAAACAACCAGAAUGAACUUUACCAGCAGAAAGUGUUCAGUGACGUAGUGAUGAAUGUUGGUAACCCUGCACAUGCUCCACCGGUCACUUUGACGGGAAAAUCAUGAUAUGUGGAGAUACAUUUUUAUUUUUUUGGAUUUACCAAUCAUCGUAACUGGCAGACAAAAGAAAGUUUGUCCGUUUUUUUUUUUUUAUUUUUAAAGGAAAAAUCCACCUUCAGGCACUUCCACGUUGUUAAUUGUCAUUUUGUGUUCCUUGCAUUUCAGGAGUUUCUGCAACAAAAAAAGUGUUUUUAUGUAUGUGUAAUUAUUCUACAUUCUUUUGGGGGUGAACCAAAAAAGUGAUUUGAGAGAUUGACUUUCUACAACUCCCAAUGAAGACCCAGGAGUGCCAGUUGGUAGAGCUGCAUCUAUGUGAAGAAAUUUGCAGCGUUUAUUUUUAUUUAUUUUUUUUUUUUGUUAAGAUAAUUUUUUGGGCAUUUCCGCCUUUAAUCAUUAGGACAGCUUAAAAAUGAAAGGGGGGGGAGACCUGCCGUAGGUCGGAUUCGAAACCUGGGCCUCUGCGCCGAGGAAAAAACCUCUACAUAUGGGCGCGCGCUCUACCAACUGAGCUACCCGUGGGCCCGAUUUGCGAUUUGUUUGUUUAAAUAUCAUUGUAAAUUGAAUAUAUCUUCCGGUACUGACUUUUGGGUGGAAAAACAAACGUCACACCCAGGCUUUAGGAAAUUGCGAGGAGUUUUUUUGGCAUUUCAUAGACUAAAACAUUAAUGAAGAAGCAUCGAAAGGCUAAUAGAUAAUGAAAUGAAUCCCCAGUUGAUGGCUACCUGGCUCCUGUAGCAGUUUCUAUCCAUUUAUGUUUACAUGCACAGUACUAACCACAUUAACUGUAACAUGUAGCCGGUCAGUAAUCAGAUUUCAUGACCUUUUUAUAUGUGAACUGCAUUAAAACAAUAAGCAAAUAGGAUCUCAACAGUGUGGUUGGGGAAGUUUAGAUUAGCAGCCCUAAUGGCUAAACCAUCCCAGGCUGACUGACCACAAGCUCCGAGGUUGGGUAACAAAAGUUUCUGCUCCUGUAGCAGUUAGAAGUCCGUAUGAAAUCAAACUUGUACUGAGAAAAACAUUAUUCGCUGUUACCUUGGAAACGAUCACCGUACCCGCAAACGGCUAGAUCGAGCCUCUACCAUUCAAGUCUUUGAUCAUUUCUCUGCACGUGCUUGUACUUUUUGCCGUUUUCAAAAUGUUGUUUUGCGCCGAAUCAAAAUGUCUGUUCUGAAAUGUCAGCGAAACAUUCGAACGGAGGGAAAACACUUCAUGAAACAGAGCCGUUAAAAAAAAAUAGUGGACGAUCGCUGUUGAGCUCUACUAACCCUCCUGUUGUCCUCGGUUAACGUCUGACCCCUUUUCAAAGUUUUCUAUAUCAGAAAUGUGGGUUUCUUUCAACAGAAUUUCCCCCAAAAUAACAUGUAUGUUGGAACAUAGCAAUGCACAAGUGAAUUGUUAUGGUUUUAUACAGAUCAUAAUAUGUCACUCUCAGCUUUGCGUCAAAGAGAAAACUCCUCUGCUCACUGACAGGAAACACCUUGCUAGGCUAACGUCCCUAUGCUACCUCCCUCACAUCUCCCUUGUUUAAACUACAGAUAGCUUUCAACCCUGACACAGAGAGAAAAGUCUCCUCUCCGAGACUGCGGGGCCUAAAUUGUGCUUAAACAUGUGACACACAUAAUGAAAACAUGAACCCAAUGUGUAUUGAAUAAACUCCCAUAUUGAUACAUGAUUAACAGUGAAUCUUGCUAAACAUAAGUUACUCAGAAAGAAGUGAAUAUACGUGUGGGCCCUAUAAAACAUACAUUUGUCUGAUUUCUUGAUUAUAAUUGAUUAUAUGACAAACAUUACAAGACAAAACAAUAUCUAAUAAAAUAUUUAAAAUGAGAGUGUACGUUUUCCCCACCGCACAAUAGAAUGCCUUCUAUCUAGAUGUUGAUACGUACGGAUCUUUGUUUGAUACUUGAGAAGUUUGCUUGGACUUCAAGGCACAAACGCUAUUCCACGUCACCAGUCUGAGGAUCCGAAGAGUCUGGAUGGUUCAACGCAGCGCUCUUCGCAAUUAAAAAAAAGAAAAAAAAAGUAAAACCUUUUGAAAAAAGCAUAGAAAAAAAGUAGAUUUUUCACACAUGAGGGUUAAGCAGACGCUGGAUGCAACUUGAAAUCACUUGUAACUGAGAGUGUCUUUGGGUGGAUUUUUCCUUCAACUACAACUGAGAAUCACAGGCUGCAUUGAUGAAUUAUGUCAUUAGGUUGUUGUGAUUAUGUUCUUGUGCUCGUUUGUACAGUGAUAUCCCCCCCCCCCUCCCCCCCCCAUGACUGUAGUCAACUAUAGCUUUAGGUAGAGUAAACUAAGCUCAGAGUGUAGAUUAUCAAAAGGAACACUAACUCGGUUCGUUUCAAGAGCAGUGAAAGCAUUUCUCGCGUUUAGGGGCCUUGUGGUUAUUUUGUUUUUGCUUAUUGAUGUAAAUUAUUUAUGUACAGUACUCCAUAUUUAUUUUAAGCUUUACAAAUAUGCUAGAUGGCAAUAAUACUACCGAGAGUUGAGAACUCAAGCCUUAUAUGUGUAUAUCUAUGUUUUUGUUGUUUUCCCCGACCGUGAAUAGAUCAUGUGUUCGGAAUCCAUUACAAAGGUCAUGUUCCCUUUUUUUUUUAAUUAUUAUUAUUUAAGAAGUAACACUCUUUUACAGUGAGGCCUUUCUGCCUUUAUCUACUUGUUUUUGUUCCAGAUUGUGUCAUGGAUUUCUUAGUUACAGGAAGAAAACGUGACAACGUCUGCCUCCAAGACCAUACUAUUUAUGAAUAUGCACAUCUAAAAAAAUGUAAUGAAAUAAAAAGACAGACAGCGUUUAUGUUGGUAAUAAAUGCAGUUUGUACUCUACUAGCUACUAUAAGUUUGAUUCACCGCAAAGUAAAACAACUAAAUCACUUGAUCAGUCUUAAAGGACCACGCCGACUUAUUGGGACUUUGUCUUAUUCCCCGUAUCCCCCAGAGUUAGAGAAGUCCAUAC